UCUCCUCUAUGCAGCCGGCUGCUGGUGCACUUUAAGGAACACGUAACACACCUUGUAAGGUGGAGGGGGGGGUGUUGUUUGGGGGAAGAGGGUGCCGACCUCCAUGUAACUUAACAUGUGUAUUCCCCCCGCCGUCACGCCACUCAGCCCGGAGCAGCAGCUCGUAAUAGGGGAGAAAGUUUGAAGGGGAGAAGUACCGUGUGAGUGGAGGGCGAACCAUGGAAGAAGUCAGCAAAGCUUCCAAAACCAACCCGGCGGCGACGGCGAGCCUUUUGUCCAAGAUUUUCUUCUGGUGGCUCAACCCGUUGUUUAGCACUGGAUACAAACGCAGGCUGGAGGAAGAUGACAUGUAUGAAGUGCUCCCGGAGGAUGGGUCGGAGACAGUGGGACAGGAGCUGCACAGCUACUGGGAUCAUGAGGUCCAGAUGGCUACCACAGAGCUGCGGAAACCCAGACUCUCAAAAGCCAUCAUAAAGUGCUACUGGAAAUCGUACGCUGUGCUGGGAUUCUUUACCCUCAUUGAGGAGGUCAUUAAAGUCAUCCAGCCGGUCGUCUUGGGGCAGAUGAUUCGGUACUUUGAGAAUUACGACCCAAACAACAUGAAAGCUCUGCACCAGAGUCUCGGCUACGCAGCUGGAUUGUCGCUAUGCACCAUCGGCCUGGCCCUGCUCCAUCACCUCUACUUCUACCACGUCCAGAGAGCAGGCAUGAAGAUCAGAGUGGCCAUGUGUCACAUGAUCUACAAGAAGGCGCUGUGUCUCAGCAGUUCAGCCAUGGGAAAGACCACCACAGGCCAGAUUGUCAACCUCCUUUCCAAUGACGUCAACAAGUUCGAUGAUGUGACCAUAUUCCUGCACUUCCUGUGGGUGGGGCCCCUCCAGGCAGCGGCGGUCGUGGGGCUGCUGUGGUUGGAGAUCGGUCCGUCAUGUUUGGCCGGCAUGGUGGUCCUCAUGUUCCUGAUGCCGGUGCAAACCAUGUUUGGAAGGCUCUUUUCUAAGUUCAGGAGUAAGACGGCUGUUCUGACUGACAGCAGGAUCCGCACAAUGAACGAGGUUGUGUCUGGAAUUAGGAUCAUUAAGAUGUACGCCUGGGAGAAACCCUUCGCUGCUCUGGUGUCUGAAGUCAGAAGCAAGGAGAUCUCCAAGAUCAUGAAGAGCUCCUACCUCCGAGGUCUCAACAUGGCCUCCUUCUUCUGCGCCAGCAAGAUCAUCGUCUUCAUCACCUUCACCAUCUACGUCCUUCUGGGAAAUCCCAUCUCCGCCAGCCGUGUGUUUGUGACGGUGUCGCUGUACUCCGCGGUGCGACUCACCGUCACACUCUUCUUCCCCAAUGCCAUCGAGAAGCUGUUCGAGUGCCGCGUCAGCAUCCGCAGGAUUCAGGAGUUUCUGAUGCUGGAUGAAAUCACAAAAAGCAGCCCCACACUGACUCAGGAUGAAAAGAUGGAUGCCUCAGUGGAGAUACAGGACAUGACCUGCUACUGGGACAAGAGUCUAGAUGCUCCGUCUCUGCAGAACAUCUCGUUCAAUCUGAACUCAAAUCAGCUGUUGGCUGUGAUUGGACCAGUUGGAGCUGGAAAGUCAUCUUUGUUGAGCUCCAUUCUGGGAGAGCUGCCUACUGAAAAAGGGGUGCUGAAGGUCAAAGGUCAGCUGACGUAUGCCGCCCAGCAGCCCUGGGUUUUCCCUGGAACCAUCCGCAGUAACAUCCUGUUUGGGAAAGAGCUGAACACCCAGAAGUACGAGAGAGUCAUCAGAGCCUGCGCUCUAAAGAGGGACAUGGAGCUGCUCCCAGAUGGAGAUCUGACACUGAUCGGGGACAGAGGGGCCACACUCAGCGGGGGGCAGAAAGCUCGUGUCAACCUGGCGAGGGCUGUGUAUCAGGACGCAGACAUCUACCUCCUGGAUGAUCCUUUAAGUGCUGUGGAUGCUGAGGUCGGCAGACACCUCUUUGAACAGUGUAUCUGUGGUAUGCUGAGGAACAAGCCUCGUGUCCUCGUCACCCACCAGUUGCAGUACCUGAAGGCAGCCGACCAGAUUCUGGUCCUCAAGGAGGGUCACAUGGUGGCAAAGGGGACGUAUACGGAGCUGCAGCAGUCUGGUUUGGACUUCACCUCCCUGUUGAAGAAAGAGGAGGAAGAGGAGCAGCAACAGCCUCAAGACAUCCUCCCCAGGAUGAGAACUCUGUCCCAGAACUCUGUGCUCUCACACACCUCCUCUGUGCACUCGGUCAAAGAUGGAGACCAGCUACCGGCAGAGCAUGUGCAGGUGGUGGCAGAGGAGAGUCGUGCUCAGGGAAACAUUAAAAUGAGUCUGUAUGUGAAAUACUUGAGAGCUGGAGCCCACAUCGUGGUUCUGGUAGCCGUCAUACUGGUCAACGUUCUGGCUCAGGUGGCAUACAUCAUGCAGGACUGGUGGCUGGCUUACUGGGCUGACGAGCAAGAGAAGCUGACUGCUAACAGCACCGUCAUCCCGAACGGUCAAAACGUCACAGCGCUGAAUACUGACUUCUACCUGGGUGUUUAUGGAGGUCUGACUGUGGCCACCAUCAUUUUUGGUUUCAUGAGGAAUUUGCUCCUGUUCAACGUGCUGGUGAGGUGUGCACAGUCUCUGCACAACCGCAUGUUCAGCGCCAUACUCAGAACACCGGUGCGCUUCUUUGACGUCAACCCUAUUGGAAGAGUCUUAAACCGUUUCUCAAAGGACAUCGGCCAGCUAGAUGCUAACAUGCCGUGGACCUUUGUGGACUUCAUUCAGGUGUUCCUGCAGAUUCUUGGUGUGAUCGCUGUGUCGGUAUCUGUGAUCCCCUGGAUCCUGAUCCCUGUGCUCCCUCUCCUUCUCUUCUUCCUCUACCUGCGCCGCUACUUCCUGCAGACCUCCAGAGACGUCAAACGCCUCGAAUCUACCACUCGGAGUCCAGUCUUCUCCCACCUGUCCUCGUCUCUUCAGGGCCUGUGGACGAUCCGAGCCUUUGGAGCAGAGGAGAGGUUCCAGAAAACCUUUGACGCUCAUCAGGACCUUCACUCAGGGGCCUGGUUCCUGUUCCUGACCACCUCUCGUUGGUUCGCUCUCCGCCUCGACGGCAUCUGCUCCAUCUUUGUUACCGUCACCACCUUCGGCUGCCUGCUGCUGAGAAACCAGCUGGAUGCAGGCUCUGUUGGUUUGGCUCUGACCUACUCAGUAACACUGAUGGGCAUGUUCCAGUGGGGGGUGAGGCAGAGUGCAGAGGUGGAGAACAUGAUGACGUCAGUGGAGAGGGUGGUGGAGUACACUGAACUGGAGAGUGAAGCACCCUGGGAAACCCAGAAGCGUCCGCCUCCUGAUUGGCCCAGCAAAGGCCUGGUGACCUUCGACCGGGUCAGCUUCUCCUACAGCGACGACGGACCGCUGGUGCUGAAGAACCUGAAAGCGAUGUUCCGACCCAAAGAGAAGGUUGGCAUUGUGGGAAGGACCGGUGCUGGGAAGAGCUCUCUGGUCUCGGCUCUCUUCCGCCUGGCAGAGCCUCAGGGGAAGAUCUACAUUGACGGUGUUUUGACCUCUGAGAUCGGCCUCCAUGACCUGCGCCAGAAGAUGUCCAUCAUCCCUCAGGACCCAGUGCUGUUUACAGGCUCCAUGAGGAAGAACUUGGACCCUUUUAAUCAACACACAGAUGAAGAACUGUGGAAUGCCCUGCGAGAGGUUCAGCUGAAGUCUGUGGUGGAGGAGCUUCCUGGGAAGUUGGAGACGGUUCUUGCAGAGUCGGGCUCCAACUUCAGCGUGGGUCAGAGACAGCUGGUCUGUCUGGCCAGAGCCGUCCUGAGGAAGAACCGCAUCCUCAUCAUUGACGAGGCCACAGCCAACGUGGACCCCAGGACAGAUGAACUGAUCCAGAAAACUAUACGGGAGAAGUUCAGAGAGUGCACAGUGCUGACCAUCGCUCAUCGCCUCAACACCAUCAUAGACAGCGACAGGAUACUGGUUCUAGAUGCAGGGAACAUUCAUGCCUAUGAUGAGCCUUACACCCUGCUUCAAGACCCAGAAGGCAUCUUUUAUAAAAUGGUGCAACAGACUGGUAAACAGGAAGCAGUAGCUCUACUAGAAGCAGCUAAACAGGCAUACGACAGCAGAAGCCAUGACAAUCUGUCUAAUGGGCACGCAGUAACAGCAGAUGGUAACUUGGUUAUUUUUGAGACAGCUCUGUGAGCCACUGCUUAGCCAGGAGACUAAAGGAAGUCCCUGGGCAUGUACUGCCCCCCCCCCUCCAGCCUCUGGUGAAAGCACACAGGGUCUCUGGAUAGAUGGGUCUCAACCAGUCCAGCUGGUGAGGAGACAGAGGACAGGAUCUGCAGAGGCACUGGCCUCAAUGUGGCUGAUCCAACAACAUGCACAUUAUGCUGUUUCCUUCAAGCUGGGAAAUCAGUACUGUAAAAACUUCACAUAGAUCACUAUUUAUUAUGUUAAUUUGCUUUUAAGUGGCCAUAUAAUCCUUAAAGUGCCUUAUUUCAGGUUUGCACAUGUUAAUUUAAUCAAUGAUCGUGUAUAUCUGUAUCCAAAGUUGCCUUUAUGUUGUUGCACAGGACUAAUCAUUACCAAAUCUAAAAAAUUACACAGUAAAUCAGUUUUGUAUGUUAAUGUACUGAUCUAUAAAACAUGCAUCAGCCUUUUUAUACUGUUUCUAUUCACUCUGCUGACUUUGCCUUGUGUGUUCAAAUGGUGUCAUGACCAUCUUACAUGUUAAUACUUUGCUUCAAGUGCCAAUUUGUAUAUUUGAUGUCCUUUGGAUUCAAAUAUACACUACAUUUACACAAUAAAAUGGGUCUUACCUUA